ACAUCGUCCUGACGGGGAUCCACGGCCGAGGAGCGCAAGGAGCGUAGGCUUGUUUGCUUUGGGUGACCCUAUAUUACUAGAAUGGACGCUCGCGAGAUCUGGUGGCCAGCCAAUCUAGUUACCUACCAUUGGAUCUUGCAAUGCCGAAUGCCCAUCCCAUUUCGCAACCCCACACCUCGUCGCGCGUACCAAAGCCUAUAUAUACGCUGUGACCAGGAGGUCUCUUCAGGACUGACUCCAUUGCAAUCCAUUGUCUAGCUCUGCCUUAGUAAUUAGAAAGAAACCAUGGCGUCCAAGAACCACCAGAAACCGCCCUUCCGCGCGGAGCACAUGGGCUCGCUUCUGCGGCCCAAAGCCCUGACUGACAAGCGCGUCGCCUUGGACGGGAAGAAGGCCGUGGAGAUUGCAGACGACAAGGAGCUCAAUCGCCUCGAGGAGGAGGGCGUGCGCGAAAUUGUCAAGACGCAGCUGGACCUUGGCUUCCACGCCAUCAACGAUGGCGAGUACCGCCGCCAUCAGUUCUGGGGCAACUUCUUUCCUGGUUUGGAGGGGUUCGAGGAGGUUGACACGCCAAGCUGGGAUAUCUUUCGCAUGUACGUGCCGGAUAUUGCGGCAUUCAUUGAGAGCGAUCACAAGCCUGGCGAGUCCAUCCUCUGCACUGGCAAGAUCAAACACAAGGGUAGCACUUAUCUGAGAGAAUGGGAGUUCCUCAAAAGCAACAUUCCCCCUGAGAGCGUCAAGGAGGCCAAGUUGACCUUACCCGCGCCCGAGUGGUAUCAUCUCCGCUACCAAAAAGGGCACGCCUAUCCCAAGGACGUCUACGCCAACGACGAGGAGUACUUUGCCGACAUCGCCAAGGCAUACCAGACCGAGCUCCAGGUCCUCUACGACCACGGCGUCCGCAACAUUACAAUCGACGACCCCAAUUUGGCGUACUUUUGUUCGGAAAAGAUGCUUCAAGGCUUCAAAGACGCAGGCGAAGACUCAGAUGCCCUCCUACAGUCCUACAUCAAGCUCUAUAACGACUGCAUCACCUCGCGCCCGGCGGACAUGCACCUCGGCAUCCACCUCUGCCGCGGCAACUUUGCCUACUCCCGACACUUCUCUGAGGGCGGCUACGACCGCAUCGCCUCCCGCCUGUUCAACGAGAUCAACGCGGACACCUACUUCCUCGAGUACGACACCGACCGCGCCGGCGGGUUCGGGCCUCUGAAGGAGCUGCCUGCACACAAGAACGUCGUGCUGGGCGUCAUCACGUCCAAGUUCCCUGAGCUCGAAGACGUCGAGAAGCUGAAGGAGCGCGUGUUCCAGGCUGCUGACUAUGUCGGCCAGGGCGCAGGACAGACUCGCGAGGAGGCGUUGAAGAGGAUUGGGGUUAGUCCGCAGUGUGGAUUUGCGAGCCACCACCUGGGCAACUCGGUUUCGCAUCAGGAUAUGGUCAACAAGUUGAAGCUCGUGAGGCAGUUAGCCGAUUCCAUUUGGCCCGGGGAGCCUUGAGGGCCUUUUGGAAAUUGGUGUGAGCGGUGACGUCGAAAUGAUUUUCUUGGGGAUGAGAAGCAGGUGUGCUGGAGGGUAUCUUGAUAUGCUGUUAAGAGAUUUUGCGAUUGCUCCAACAAUGUAGCAGUAGCUUUCAGCUGUAGAAAUAUCGAACAAUCAUAUCGGAACCCCUCUGCGACAUCGUACAUCGACGGAUUGUCGACCGACUAGCGCGAAGUUCUCUAAAGGACAAGUGAAGCAGUGUUGAUCCUCAUCA